UGUUGAACCACUACAAAAGUAGCUAAGAUUUAAUAGAACUAUAAAUUUCUUUUUUUCGCUUUUACAAAAUGCCAAGUGAAAUAAUAACAUUGCAGUUGGGACAAUGCGGGAACCAAAUCGGCUUUGAAUUCUGGAAGCGCUUAUGCCUAGAGCACGGUAUUUCACCGAACGGUGUACUGGAGGACUACGCCACCGAUGGCUUAGAUCGCAAGGAUGUCUUCUUUUAUCAGGCUGAUGAUAAUCAUUAUAUACCGCGCGCGGUAUUACUCGAUCUGGAGCCACGAGUUAUCAAUACAAUAAUGACAUCAACGCACGCUAAGCUAUAUAAUCCAGAGAAUAUAUAUUUAUCGAAGCAUGGCGGCGGCGCAGGUAACAAUUGGGCUUCGGGUUUUAGUCAGGGUGAGAAGUUACACGAAGAAGUUUUUGAUAUAAUUGACCGCGAGGCUGAUGGUAGUGAUUCACUGGAAGGUUUUGUACUCUGCCAUUCAAUAGCCGGCGGCACCGGUUCGGGUAUGGGUUCAUAUAUAAUGGAACGAUUGGCAGAUCGUUUUCCCAAAAAAUUACUACAGACCUACAGUGUAUUUCCAAACCAAGAUGAAAUAAGUGAUGUUGUGGUACAACCAUAUAACUCGUUGCUUACACUAAAACGUCUGACUGUGUGUGCAGAUUGUGUGGUCGUUUUGGAUAACACAGCUUUGAAUCGCAUUGCUGCAGAUCGAUUGCAUAUUGAAAAUCCAACAUUCGCACAAAUUAAUAAUCUAGUAUCGACCAUAAUGUCGGUCAGUACAACUACUUUGCGUUAUCCAUCUUAUAUGAACAAUAAUCUGAUUGGAUUGACAGCGCCAUUGAUACCUACGCCACAAUUACAUUUUCUAAUGACUGGCUAUACACCACUCACUACUGAAAACGAUCCAAAUUUGAGUGUACGUAAAACGACGGUGUUGGAUGUAAUGCGCCGUCUGUUACAGCCUAAAAAUAUGAUGGUCUCUUCUGGACCUGACAAGACAAAUCAUCAUUGCUACAUCUCUAUAUUGAAUAUUAUACAGGGCGAAGUUGACCCAACACAAGUACACAAAUCGCUGCAGCGUAUUCGCGAACGAAAACUGGCGCAAUUCAUACCAUGGGGUCCAGCUAGUAUACAGGUUGCCUUAUCCCGUAGCUCACCAUAUGUGCAGAGCAAUCACAAAGUUUCUGGUCUUAUGAUGGCUAAUCAUACGGGCAUCACAUCGCUAUUUAACCGCGCUUUAGCGCAAUAUGAUAAAUUGCGUAAACGUGGAGCAUUCUUAGAUCAGUUUCGGCGAGAGGACAUGUUUAAAGAUGAUCUAUCAGAAUUGGAUCAUUCGAAACUAGUAUUAGAUUGUCUAUCACAGGAGUAUGAAGCAGCAACUCGUCCAAAUUAUUUGCAAUGGAGUCCAAGUAAUGUUCAACAAGGCUUCUGAUUUUGCGCGCAUUUACUAUUUUCUUAACACAAAAUUUUUUUAUUAAGUUAAAAAAUGAA